AUGUCUCCGGGAGCAGCCGCGAAGUCUGACUUGGAUCCAAGUGCCAAACAGGGAGCGUCAGACGUGAAUCUGCCGCCUGAGGUGGAGGCAAUUUCUCGGGAGUGCCCAGAUAUUAGCAAAGAGCAUCUCCAGCGGAUUGCGGGCACCGUGGUAACCAUAAAGAACGAGGUGGUGAUUGCGGGGCUGGAAGCGGUUAAGGAUGUGAUUAUGAGCAAGAUUGUGCGCCCGAUACUGCGUCCAGACCUCCACAAAGGCUUGUAUCGGGCCGUGUCCGGGAUUUUGUUCUUUGGCCCGCCUGGCACAGGCAAAACCAGUCUGGCCAAGUGGAUCGCUUACCAGGCGAAAGCCACUUUCUUCUGCGUGACACCUAGUGUGUUAGUAUCCAUGUUCCAAGGCGAGUCCGAGUCCCUGAUUAAGUGCUUGUUCGUCAUGGCAGAACGUUUGUCCCCCGCCAUCAUUUUCUUUGACGAGAUUGAUGGGUUCAUCGGCAAGCGGUCUUUGAAGGAAGAAGAGAGCACACUCCGGAUGAAGAACCAGUUGCUCCAAGCCAUGGACGGACUGUGUACCCAGGAAGCCGCCACGGUCAUAGUCAUCGGCGCGACUAACAGGCCGGACGCGCUGGAUGAUGCAGCCCUGAGGCGACUGCAGAAGCGCAUCUACAUCCCACUGCCUGACGACCUAGCUAUCUAUCACCAAAUCAAAAAUACAUUGAUCAAACACGCCCAAGACCUUGAAAUCUGCCGCUGCGAUACGGCUUGCCGUGAGGCUAUAGCUCACACCUGCGUGCUCCUCAAUUAUGAUUUUGAAUCGCUCCGAACCGUUCUCAUUCCCCGCGUUAAAGGUUUUAAUGGGAGUGAUAUUCGAGCACUGUGUGUCAAAGCGGCCGAAAUCCUGUACCAGAACGUGCUGUUCAGCUUCGAUGGUGACCUCGAUAAGGUUCCAAAUCCGUCGGCAUUCGGCCUCCCAACCAUUGACCAUUUCCAGAAAGCGCUUUCGACAGUCAGACCCUCAACCACUCUUGACUCAACCACGCUGAACCAGUGGGCAUCAGAUUUUGCGUGCUUCUGA